AUGGAGCCCAUCGGCGCCUGGAGCCCUGUGCAGGUGGUGCAGUGGCUGAGAGGCCUGGACAAGGCGCUGCAGCAGUAUCCCUUUGAGACGUGGUCCCUGAGCGGGAACGAUUUGCUGCAGCUGUCCUAUCGGCGCUUGGAGGAACUGGGCCUGAGGCGUGUUGGCCAUCAGGAGCUCAUUCUGGAAGCUGUGGAGCAGCUGUGCGCGCUGAACUACGAGCUGGAGACCACCAGCCUGGGGACACUGACGGAGAAGCUGCAGCAAGUCGCUCGGACCACCCAGACCCUCAUCCUGAGCCGCAGGAAGGUGACCGCGUAUGAUGGAGAGGCCAUCGAGACGCCCUCCCCGGACCUCCUGGCCUGCGUCGCUGAGCUGAUCACGGCGGCCAAGGGGCUCUUCUCCUGGCUCAACAGGUAUCUCUUCUCUCACCUGAAUGAUUACUCAGCCAGCCGGGACAUUGUCUCGCUCUGCGGAGAGCUGGCCCAGAUCCUACAGAAGGACUGCACAGUGUCUGAGAGAGAGAACCAGAUCCUGCUGAUUUGCAGGCACCUCGCGGGGAUCUGUGAGAACAUCUCGAGCUGCAGCCCGGCAGCCCUGCUGAACCAGACCGCCAUCUUGGAGAGCGUGGACCUUGUGCCCACCGAGCCAGAGGACAGUCUGGGCAUCGAGAUCAAAUCCACCAACUCCUGCCUCCACUUCAUAGCGGGAACCGCCACUGAGUCUCCAGCUGACCACUGCAGCCAGAUCCUGCCGGGGGAUGAGAUCGUUCAAGUCAACGGGCAGGUGGUGGUGGGUUGGACUCGAGUGAAUCUAGUGAAGAAAAUACUCGAAAAGCCAAACCAGGUGACGUUGGUGCUGAAGAAGAUUCCACUAACCUCUGUGGAGUCCCCGUGUUCCCCCAGGUCUCCGUGCCAUCAGGCACCUGGAAACUUCUCGGAUGCUGCAGAAUCUCCUGGCUUGGAAAACAAUGACUCUCCAAUAAGCUUGGUCUCCCUGCCUUCCAGCGUGAUCGCCGGGCUGGACUCUGCGCUGGAUCUCGCCACUGACGAAGAGGAGGCGUUCGACUCAAGCCACCCUGGAGAGGAGACCAGGGACUUCCUACAGCGACUCCCCACUGAAGACGCUUCAGCAGCCCCUACGUUGGAGAGCCAAGCUGUGGGGGCAGGAUUUGAAGGGCGCAGCUCCCCCGUUGCUGUUGCUCCAGCCAGACCCAGCACCUUGGAACUCGGAUCGAAGGAGUCCCCAGAGAACGGAAUUGGGAGCAGAAGUCGGGGACCAGAAUCUCCCGCUCUUCCAAACAAGGACGAGAAAGCCGUAGGCCUGAUCAACGUGUCGACCUACGACCUGGAAAGCACCCGGGAGCAGAAGAAGAAAUAUGUCUUCCAGCUCUGCCACGAGACAUACAAACCUUUCAUCUUCGCAGCAGAGACUCUGGCUGAUCUGAGCAUGUGGGUGAGUGGUUUGAUCGCUGCAAAAACCAAAUACAAGCUGGCCCAGGAAUCGCUCCCGCCCAGAGAAGAAGACUGCUACAGUGAGACGGAAGCUGAAGAUCCUGACGACGACGCUCCCAGGCCUGGCUCUGAGCUGCUGCCAAAGAGAAGGGAGCUGCUAACCACUCUGGAGAGAGCCCAGCCCGGUGCUGCAAUGGGGAGCCCCGACUCCACGGGCCCAGUGGGGAGCCCCCUGGGGAGCCCCGUCCCUGGCAGUGGCAGGCCCUGCUCGCCCCUGGACUCCCCUGGCGAAGAACUGGAGUCCCUGAUUCAGUGUCUGAAGCAAGGCGGGGUGUCUCUCAUCGGCACGCGCCAGCUCCUGACCCACGAGCAGUACCGCAAAUCCUUCAUCAAGCGCAACAAGAACCCCCAGAUCAACGAGAGAGUUCACCUGGUCCGGGCCCUGCAAAGCACGCUCAAAGCGAAGGUGGCUGAGCUCCAGAUCCUCGAUCAGCUCCUGAACGACUCGGAACUGACCUCGGAGAAAUUCAGACACUGGAAAGAAGAGCAUCAGGAGUUAUACCAGGAAAUCCACCAGUGGUGGGCGCCCAGGCCCAGCCAGGCUGAAGGUCUCGAAGCAGAACUUGGCGCUGAAUCCAGUCCACAGGAAGCUGCCGGUGCGAUGCCAUAACACAUGGAAACGGGGCAGAUCCUGGGCAAUAACAUUCCCUUCAUAAACCUCAGUGCAGAGAAUAACACGUCCCUCUCUCAUUCCGGAGAGAGAUUCCUGUCGUCUCUGUCCCAGUAAGAAACGCGAUGCUCUGAGAGCAAGGAGGAAUGGUGCUCGCUCACAACACGCAGCGCGUCAAUUUAACUGGAAAGUGGGCUGCAUUUUUAAAGACACCGUUUAAGGUUCUCCCCUGAGAGCAGGAUUUUAUGUAGGGAACCACUUUUGACAAAGCCUUGUCAUUCUGAGGACGAGGGAGGAGUUCUCAGAAUGGAUCCUCGCUUGGGUCUAGAGAGUCUUGCUUGUUUUAAAAGAGCUGCUGUUUCCAUUUCCCAGUGAUGCUUAAUGAAUAUGCAUCAAAAUACUUCACUGAGUAACUGAACCCAGCGCUGUGAGGCCAGGACGGUCCCUCUGGGGAUAAUUCUGAGAUUGGGAUAUUCAACAUGUUGAUGCCUUGGCAUUUCUCAUCACUCGACAUCCAUCCAGAGCCCGAUCAGAACCAAGAACCCGUGUGAUGGAAGAUCUUUUAUGGAUAGAAGUGCUGCCUGGCCCCCUCUGGCUCUGCUUGCGGUGGUAGAUAUUCAUUUGAUAAAGAGAGAGGCUGGUUUUCAUAUAUGUACAAAUAAUUCUGUGUUACAGUGUUUGCUAGUGGACAGAGUUGGACUCCAGUGCCAUUCUCUGCUCUGCUGCUAACUCCCGAGUGUGACCUCGGGUGAUUGCCUUAGUUUCCCUAUAUUUAAAAGGGGAUAAGACUGAUCUGCCUCAUAAAGCUGCUGUGUAGUUUCAUUAAUUCACGUGGCCAAAGCUCUUUGAGAUCCUCUGCGGCAAGGCCUUGUUACAGAUGUAGGCUGGUUAGCCAGGGUAAAGAUCUGAUCCAGCUCCCCUCGCUGGAUGGAUGUGUUGUUGAGUGAGCUCUGCUUUGUUCUGUUUAAACAUCCAGGACCUGUCUACACUGCAUUGGAAAGCAAGCCUCCCCGCUGAUCUCCCCAGACGUGUGCUAGCAGGGCUCACGCUACCGCUCUAAAACUGGCCGGGUAGAUGUUGCUUUAACGUUGUGACUUGGGCUCUCGUGCCCACCCACCCCCCUUCAUCCCCCAGUUGUCAGAGCCCAAGCACCAGCCCGAGCCGCAGUGUCUCCACAGCUAUUGUUGCAGGGCUAACACAAGUCUGAGGAGGCGGGCUGGGGGGCUCACUCCUGAUGCAGCAUGGACAGGCUGACACCAGCUGGCUCGCUGCAGCCCUGCCAGUAAUUUUAACUAAAAUAUCCAGCUGUUUCCUAGCAUUUUAACUGUCCAUUUUUAUUUUUUGUUUUGCAAGUGCCUGAUCCCAAGUCCCCGUCCUUUGCUGACAAAUCAGUUCAGGGCCUGUUUUAGCUAACCUCGACUCUUCUAGGAACCAAGGUUUGCUCCAAUGAAAUGUACCCACCCUGUCCCCCUACAUGGGAACCAGAAGCUGCCUUUGGCUAACGGCAGUGAGUUCGCAGGGCAUUUCCUUGGCUGCUUAGGGCAGGAGAAGGUUGAGCCUCCAUCAUCUCAUCAUCGUCAGCAGCUGCCAGGCCUGGAGUCCAAUUCGAAGCUUAGUGAGAGUUUUCCUAUUGCUUUCAAUAGGCUUUGGUGCCUGAGCUUGCCUUCACCCUAAAGUUACCACCCUCGCUGCUUGGUUCUGCUGCCCCAGCUUUCCCUUCCUCGCCCCCUCUCUAAUUCAGUACCUCCAGUCUCAGCUUGGCUACAGGCUUGGGGCCUCCUUCCUGUUGGGAGGGGGGAAAUCCCUCCAUCCCUUUCGAGCUUCGGGGAAAGGAAAGCAGCCAUUGUUACAUUUUUUUUUUUCUAUUGUCAAAGCUGUUUUAUUUUUCUAAGCACUCUCCCCUGCCGGAUUUGUAUACGGGGAGGAUUAGGUUUUAUGUAUGAUCAAACCCACUUCUCUGUUCCAUCCUCAAUCUCUCUGCAUCUGGCCACUUAUAGCUGGAAUAGACGGGGUUGUUUGAAGCAGGCAAGGUUGGUUUUCUUGGGGCAUGAAUAAAACUGUG